AUGGAUGACACUGAAGUUAGUAGUUUUUUAAGCCAGCGGCAAGAAUUUGAACUUACUGAGACUUGUAUCCUUCAAGAGGAAGAGAUUUCUCGUUUAAAAUUAAAUUUAAAUGAUUUGAAUAAACAGAUCAAACAAAAAAAGAAAGAAAUAUCAAAAAUACAUCAAAGAAAUUCUCAAAAAAUGUCACUAGUUAAUGAACUGAAUAGUAUAAUUGAAGAAACAAACUCAGAAAUUGCAAAAUCAAAUCAAUCGCAUUUAACUGAAAUCAGCAGCUUGAAAUCAUCAUAUUCUCAGGCAGCUUCUAGCAUUACAGAUGAAUUUUUACAAAAAGAAAGAAAAACAAUAAAACGGAAUUCUAAGAAUUCACUUAUAGAAAAGCAAAAACUUGAAAAGAUGCAAGAAAUAGUUUCGAAUGUUCUAAAGGAACAAGAACAACUACUAGAAGAACAUAAAGUGAUUGAAAUGUCAAAAUAUACUGAUUUAGCAAUCCAGCUCAGGGAUAAAGCACUUAAAUUGAAGUCUAAAAUCGCAGCUGCACAAGAAAAACUUGAAGCCACAAAAGAAAAUAUUAAAAAGAAAUUGAAUUCAACUUUCAACGAUAUAUCAGACAGAGAAACACUGCUUGAAACGUCAAUCCUUUCCUUUAAUGAUAGUAUUAAUCAAACAGAGAUCGGAUAUAAAGGAGAAAUAAAUUCAUUAAAACAUAAGCACAAUGAGGAAAUAGAAUCACUCAAGCAACAAAUUGCUCAGAAAACAGAAUUUAUUGAGAAUUUAAGACAGAAGAUUUCAAUGUCUGUUUCAAGUUUAACAAGUGUUCAUCAAACCUUUGAAUCCCUUAAAUCUGAAAGAGAUGAUUUAGAUUCAGAAAAUACCUCCUUAGUUCUAAGUUUCUCCAAAGAAACUAUUGAUGGAGAGAUCGGAAAGAAACAAGAUAUCAAAUCAAAAAUUUUACAAGGAAGAAAAACCAUUGAAAAACUUAAAAGAGAUAAUGAUAGACUAUUGAAUGAAGUUAAACGUUUAGAUUUCCUUAUUUAUGGAAGAAAUGGAAAAUAUUAUUCAAAUGAAAUGGAUCUUUCACAUAGAAAACCAUUUGUUCCUGUCGGAAUUUAUGCAAAAUAA